CUUACGCUCAUGUUUUGCACUGUGCAGUGCAGUGAUCUUUAAUAGGAAUAAUCAUGCCGCAGUAUUCUUCAUCAAGUCAUUUGUCUUCCAACGACGGCACCGUCAGAAGGUUCCAGUGUUUUAGCUGACGUGGCCCGAUACCCCAACUAUAUUUAAGUGAACGGUGUCAUCCACGGCAUUCAAGUUGGGGUAUGUCUUUCACCAGUGACAUUCCAUUGGAUCCCGGCCUCUACGGGCUGGACCCCGCUGCACUUGAGUUCUUCCAGCAGCAAACAGGCAUCACAGCAGAGGAUGACCUGAAGCACCACAUCCUCGCUGUUCAAGCAAAGGCUUUCGCGGUGACGCAGUACCACUGUAUUUACAGCUUCGGAUUCACAAGACUCAGAAUUUCGAAACAUCCGAAGUACCAAAGCGUGCUUCAGCUAGGUCGUGAUUGCAGAAGCGCACUGCUCUUGGAUCUCGGAUGUUGCUUUGGCAAUGAUGCACGCAAGGCAGUCACAGAUGGCUGGCCAAUCGCCCGAAUUAUCUCUACUGAUCUCGAGCAAGAAUUUUGGGACCUCGGACAUGUCCUCUUCCGGUCUACGCCGACAUCUUUCCCCUCGCAUUUCAUUGCGGGUGACUGUCUUGAUCCAGCUUUCUUAUCAUCCGAGUCUGGGUCUACGUCACAAUCACCACCUGACUUGUCCUCGCUCGCCUCACUAAAUGACUUGCAUGGCAAACUUACUGCCAUUCAUGCAACAUCCAUAUUUCACUUAUUUUCUGCAGAGCAACAAGCAUCGCUCGUCCGUGCUGUAGCUGCUUUGCUGUCUCCUGUGCCAGGGAGCAUUGUAUUUGGAUCUCAUGUCGGACAUCCGAAGCAAGGUACCAUACGGGAAGAAAUGCUUGGUGUGACAGUGGAGAUGUAUUGUUAUAAUCCUGAGAGCUGGAAUAAGCUCUGGGAAGAUGCAGGUCCCUUCGAGACGGAGGCCGUCCUGAAAGAGGUGAUAGCUCCAAACGGUGAAAUCGGGUGGAGGAUGGUCUGGAGUGCGACAAUGAGCACGAAAUCCACUGUAUGAAUCCGAAAGUAGAAUAAAUUUUUGUGCAGUUAGUCAAACAUUGAAUAUGGAUCACGUGAUAUUUCA